CUUAAUUAAUAUUUGAGAUUUUCUUUUGUACGCACGUAGAACUUGGUGUGAAUUUAAAGUACGAAAUUUUAAGCUAGACGUAUGCAAUUGUAUCUCUCCACUCCAUCCGAAUCCCAUCGGAGGUUUCUUUUCGUCUCAAUUGGGUUGUGGGUUGUGCUUUGAGAAAUAUCAAGGAUUAAUGCUAGCUAGUAUCGCGAGACCAAAUUAAGAUUGAAAGAUGAAGAAGAAAGUAUCUGCACUAGUGAAGCAGAUAAUAGCUGCAGUGAGCUCAAUUGCGAAGAAUAAAACUCUGGCCCUUAGGAGCAAAACCAGAGCCAUAAAGACUCGAAUCAUUAUAUUCUCGUUGCUGAACAAGAGGUUUGUGAUGAGCUCCAUCUCUCACAAGCUCCACGCUUUGCUAGGGCAGCAGCAGCAGCAACACCACUACCCUGAAUCUGAUGAUGAUCAUCAUCAGGAAGAUCAAGACCAAAGCAAGGGCAAAGCCGGCGCACUUGUAAUCAACCCAAGCAGCAGCAACAACGAUAUUAUUAAUGUUGUCGUAUCCCACAGAUCCCACCAGCACCAGCCAGUUGAUCUUAUUAUUAAUCCAACUGAUGAUGAUCACAUUCACAUUACGGCGGAUUCGGAGGAUAAUAUUGAUAUUGAUGAUGAUAUUGAUCAUGGGUACUUGCACCACUUGGUAGAAGCUCAAGCUCAAGCUCAAGCUCAAGCUCAAGCUGGGGAUCAUCACCUUGAUUUGGAUAGAUAUUGUGAAGAAGAGGAUCAAUUCGAAUCUGUGAUAGAUAUUGUGAAGAACUCAAAGCAACAGGCUGGGCAGGAAUUCAGUCUGGAAGACGACAUAGACCACGUGGCAGACUUGUUCAUAAGGAGGUUCCACCGCCAAAUCACAAUUCAGAAACAGCACUCCUUCAAGAGCAAGAGGCACCAGUGACGGGGGUGACAUAGCCGCCACCCACCUAUUUUUUCAUUAUUAUUAUUAUUAUUAUUUUUUCAACGGUUGAAAGUAAUUUUCUCGUGUAUCUUCGUCAUAUCUCAUACGAUGUGAUAUAAUCGUAUGACCUGGGCCUAGUGGCAUUUUCCUCU